AUGCGGUCAUUAGCGUAUGCCAUUCGCAAAUUGGCCGAAGGCCACAAGCGGAACGAUGCUCCGACCCCAAGUGCCCUUUACUCCACUGUCCCUUUUGUCCGAAUUAUAGGGGGGAUUUUGCGAGGGUGGAAGUGCAUAUACAAAGCCACCAGAAGACUGUGGUACGUUACGGAGACGUUGCCAUUUAUAUGUGCAACUGGGGCUGCAGAGGUGGUUGUCACUUCCACUGCUAACCAGCCACCACUGCCCACUCUGCCCCAGAACCAGCCGCCUUUGCCACAGGACCAGCCGCCUCUGCCCCACAACCAGCUGCCUCUGCCCGCUCUGCCCCACAACCAGCUGCCUCUGCCCGCUCUGCCCCAGAACCAGCCGCCUCUGCCCCAGAACCAGCCGCCUCUGCCCCAGAACCAGCCGCCACAACCCAGAACUCGCAAUUCCACUAAUUUGAAGAGGGGAGCCAUAGAAGGUGUGACAACAUACUUCAAAAAAUGCGAUGUGUGUGGUUUGAGGUUACGAUAUCAAGAGUAUGAGGAUGGACUACACAAUUUCAAUGAUCAAAUCAUUCUGACCAUCCAUUUUUGUCUGUACCUCAGAAAAACGAGGCAACAACAGGAGUACACAGAGAUGGACAUAACUGAGGACAGGCUGAUAGAUGAAAUAUCAAAUUUGAAGGUUCAUGCCAUCCGGAAACUCUGCACUGAGUGCAAAGUAGAUUCCAAAGGAUCAAAAAUGGAGUUGAUCAUGCGUUUGCGAAAGGAAAUGGAGACGAGAAGCAAAUAUGAUAAAGUAUUUCAAAAAGUUUGGAGUGCAUCAGGAGGCUGGGCAGUGAUCAUGUGCCCAUGUGGACAAUGCACGGCUACAUACCGACACGUCCUGAUCCCCCUCAGACUGCAGACCCCCCCACUUCAGAACCCCCCACUGCAGACCCUCCCACUUCAGACUGCUCCAACUGCACUGGAGCUACUGGUACAUGAGAUUCUGUGA